AUAACAAUGAAUUUCAAUUUUAUUUUAGCAAAAGCACCUGGAAAUUGAAAGAACUACCAAAUGGCUGAAAAUGCUAAAAGGAUGGGAAAAAUACAAGAACACUGAAAAGUUUCAUAGGAGAAUUUACAAAGGAAUCCCACUCCAGCUCCGAGGUGAAGUGUGGGCUCUCCUUCUUGAGAUCCCUAAAAUGAAAGAAGAAACAAGAGAUCUUUAUAGUAAAUUAAAACACAGAGCACGGGGUUGUUCACCUGAUAUCAGACAAAUAGACCUUGAUGUCAACCGCACAUUUAGGGAUCAUAUUAUGUUUAGAGACAGAUAUGGUGUUAAGCAACAAUCCUUAUUCCAUGUUCUUGCUGCAUAUUCUAUUUAUAAUACGGAAGUUGGGUACUGUCAGGGGAUGAGCCAAAUCACAGCUCUACUCCUCAUGUAUAUGAAUGAGGAAGACGCCUUCUGGCCCUGGUCAAACUCUUCUCAGGCCCCAAACAUGCCAUGCAUGUCGAAGAAACUAAUGUAG